CAGAAUCUGAAUCUGCAGAGACCAUCACAAGCACCGAAUCAACUAAAAGAAGAGGGAAGCGAAGUGUGGUGGAAAUGUAUAAGGUUGUGAUCAAGAAAGCUUUGGGAAAAAAAUUUAAAGUGACAUACACCGACACGGGGAAUCCCAAUGGAUGAGUACGACACACUUUGCAAUCAUAUAUAGGGAUGCUAGCGCGGAAAAUGGUGCCCAUUAACCUUGUAAGCUGGCCCGAAGUAUAUGGUGAAUUGAAAGAUAAAAUUUGGAUCGACGUCCAGGAUACAUUCAAAGUGGCCCCUGAAAGCAAGAAAUUGGUGUUGACAUCUGCUGGCACUAAAUGGAGACAAUUCAAGACCAACUUAACAAAUAAGUAUGUGCUGCCAUACUUGGGAAAGAAGAAGAAAUUGAGAAAGCCACCAAAGCAGUAUGCAUUUGUUGGGUUGCUGCCAUGGAAGGAGUUUGUAAGUCAGAGGACUACAGAGGCAUGGCUGAAACUUCAUAAUGACCAAAGUAAACGAGUCAAGAAGAGAAAAUACCAUCAUAGAUUAUCAAGAAAGGGAUAUAUUGGACUAGAGGAGGAAUUGAAACAUUCUUGGCCUGAAAGAGAGGUUAUUGACCGUGCAAUUGUAUGGAAGAAGGCCCGUGUACUUAAAAAUGGGGAGAUAAGUGAGGAGGUGACACCGAUUGCAACAAAGAUAGAUGAAUUGAUGGAGAAGAAAAGGAAGGGUGAGCUAGAAAUUUCAGGGAGUAGUGAUGUAUCAUCUCAAGCACUAUAAACUCUUGAACAUUCGGGUAGGGUAAGGGGUGUUGGAGGCUUCGUAAAUCCGUCUACCUACUUUAAGCUUCCAAAGCAGAAAAGGGUGAGAAUUACUAAGGCAGAAUUACUGGCACGUGAUAAAGAGCGUGAUCGGGAGCUGGAGGAGACAAAGAAAAAAAUUCUUGAAAAACAAGCAAAGGCAGAAGAGCUAUUAAAUAAAAGGAUUGCUCAAUUAGAAGCAUUGAUAACAGAAAAGGCAACCUAUACACCACAUUCCCCUAUAUCAGAUAAAGGCAGUUUCCAUGAUAAAGAAAAGAAAAGGCCAAUUGAUCUUGAUGUUGACAAGGUGCAAGAAAAUGUAGAUGAUUGUGAGAUUGUUCCUCCCCCUGCAGAUAUGGGUGGCACCUGCGAGUUGGCAGUGAAUACCAUCAGCAACAUAGUUGGUUUUGGUACCGUAUUUCAUGACGCGGAUAUUAACAAGACGAUACAUGGAGCUCCAUUGAAGGAGGGGUGUGUUAGAGUGUCGGUGGAUGGUGAGAUUCAAGGCGAUGCACCACUACCUUUCCCUAUAAUGGGUGAGAUGGAAUUGGUUCGAGAAGCGGUUGGAAGUCACGUGGCUUGGCCUGAGGAGUUUGUUAUUCGAAGACAACCGGUGAAGAAAAAGAAAAGAAAUAUGGAUUUCGUCAAAUCAAUGUUCGAUAAAGUUGAGCUUCCUCCAUUUGUGCCCAAGCGCUGUAAGUUAUUGUAUAAACAUGCCACAACAAUCAUGAAACAAACUAGUGAGGCAAUAACCACAGUGUUGGAUGACAAUGUCUUUGGCAUACAUAAACAACUCUUCAUCUUGAUUGAGAAUGUGAUUGAUCUCGUAGAAAUGAAAAAGAUUGGCCAAGGAGUGAUAGCAGCAUACAUGGUGCAACUACAUGAACUUAUUACUGAACGAGACGAGUUGGAAACUUUUGCCUUUAUUGAUCCUGCUGCUACAUAUAAUUGCGAGAGAUCAGACUUUAGUUCCUACUUAGUGAAUCGGUUGAAAGAGGGAAAGGCUGAUCGCAUAUUCUUUAUGCCCUACAAUCCGGGUGCAAUUAAAAGUUUCAAUGCUGAAACGGGUAGGGCUAAGAAGGUGCCGAAAUUGAAACUACUUCCGGGCGUACCUAAACAACCGGGUGGAGUUGAGUGUGGCUAUUGUGUAAUGCGAUACAUGAAGGACAUUAUAAAUGAUGACACACUUUCAUUUCCGACCAAGUGGGCAGCGAAGACUCGGAAAGUAUACACCCAAGAUGAACUUGACGAGGUCCGCAUUGAAGUAGCUGACUAUUUGCAGACUUUGCUAUAGAUGCUGACUCUACCAAAGUGAUUUUGAGUAAGGCUAGCUAGAUUUUGUAGAACCAUUUUGACGUAGAAAGUUGUACAGUUGCAGUUGAACUAAACUGCAUAUAGUUAUUGCAAUGGUCUAUUUUGGGCUAGCCUUGAUGUAGGUUGGGGUGUUUUUGCCUAUUUUUGAAACUAUUAACAAUUCUGCUGUUCGACAUAAAUUAAUGCAAUGCCCCAUAUUCAAUUAA